GCAAAACCGAAGUAGUGAACCUAGAAGCCAUCUUAGCUUCUUCUUCACAAAGCCACAAACUCAUCUCCUCUCCUCUCUUCUCUGAGAACCAUAGAAGCCACCACAGCACCAAUCGCGCAGCCACCGCAGCGACGGGUUUGACCACCGCAGCCCCCACCUCGUCGUUGUCAUCGCCGAGCUCGCCUUCUAUCUGUUCGCCGGUGUCGCGUCCUCUGUCAUCGCCGUUGCUCGCCUUCCACCUCGCCGCCGGUAAGUAAUACUUUGUUCGCAGUUUCGUACUUCACAGCCAUCUCCUCGGCGUCUGCUUGCUGGUUUAGGGUUUAGCAAUUGAUUUCUGAUAAUACUUGUUAUUUGUUUCAAAUUGAUUUGCUGAUUAGCUGGAUUUUCUGAGGUUAUUGUUUGCUGGUUUAGUAACUUUUGCUGAGGUUAUAGAUUUAUUUGUUAUUUCUGAUUUUCUGUUCAUGAUGUUUUUUGCUGAGGUUAUUAUUUGCUGGUUUAGUAAUUGUUUGAUGAGGUUAUUAAUUUUUUUGUUAUUCUAUUCAUGAUUUUGUUGCUGAGGUUAUUGUUUGCCACUGCUCACCUCUGUUCCACUGCUCACCGCGAACGUCUCUCCAUCGUCACCUCUGUUCCACUGCUCCAGGGCAUUUUCUGCACCAAUCCUUUUUGUUCUUCCUCCAAGAGCGUGGGUUAGCCGGAUAAUUGUUCUUAUUUCAAAGGAGUUCUUUUAACUUUCACAACAGCGUAUUCUUGCACAAAAGAGCGUAGGGACCUUGCUUUCACCUCUGUGGAACGCUUGAGCAGUCGAGCUUCUUCCCUUUGUUCUCCAGGUGGUGGCUUGACUAGAUGGUGACCCAUUGUAUCUGUGAUUGCAAAAGUCUUAUGCUUUGCCAUACUCAGCUCCCCAUGAAGCUCUCAACAUUUCAAUCAACUUCACUUUGUGCUAAUCCCUCAAUUGCCACCUCCAACUACAACUCCUCCUACUCCAUCAAAACACCCACCACCAAGUUUGCUCCAAAGGCUUCUACUUUGUGCUUAAAAUUUUCCAGAAACAACCAUUCAACUCUACGAUAUCAUGACAGAAGACUCUCGAAUAGACCCACUUCCAUCACGGCUUGUACCCAUGUUGGAGCUGCUGGAUCAGAUCGUCCAUUUGCAGACAAAGUUUCAGAAUUCAAAGAUGCAUGUUGGAGAUUUUUAAGGCCACAUACUAUACGCGGCACAUCACUAGGUUCUUUUGCUUUGGUGGCAAGAGCAUUGAUUGAAAACUCAAAUCUGAUAAAGUGGUCCCUUCUGUUCAAAGCAUUCUCUGGUCUUUUUGCCCUGAUUUGUGGGAAUGGUUAUAUAGUUGGAAUCAAUCAAAUCUAUGACAUUAGCAUUGACAAGGUAAACAAACCUUAUUUACCUAUAGCUGCUGGAGAUCUUUCAGUCCAAUCUGCAUGGCUAUUAGUUGCAUUUUUUGCUGCUGCUGGCUUGUUGAUUGUUGGAUUGAACUUUGGGCCCUUUAUAUUUUCACUUUACACGCUUGGCCUUUUUCUCGGCACCAUCUAUUCUGUUCCUCCAUUAAGAAUGAAACGUUUUCCUAUUGCAGCAUUUCUUAUUAUUGCCACGGUCCGAGGUUUUCUACUUAACUUUGGCGUGUACUAUGCCACUAGAGCUGCCCUUGGACUUGCAUUUGAGUGGAGCUCACCUGUGGUUUUCAUCACUACAUUUGUAACAUUGUUUGCAUUGGUAAUUGCUAUAACGAAAGAUCUUCCAGAUGUUGAGGGGGAUCGCAAGUAUCAGAUAUCAACCUUUGCGACAAAACUUGGUGUACGGAACAUUGCUUUCCUUGGUUGUGGAAUCUUGCUAAUGAACUAUAUUGGUUCAAUAUUGGCAGCAAUUUAUAUGCCACAGGCUUUCAGGCAAUGGUUACUGAUACCAGCUCAUAUGAUUUUUGCAUCCUGCUUGAUUUUCCAGGCAUGGGUAUUAGAAAAAGCAAAUUAUACCAAGGAAGCAAUUUCAGGGUUCUAUCGAUUUAUAUGGAAUCUAUUUUAUGCUGAGUACGCCAUAUUUCCUUUCAUCUAGCUGAUACCACGCUUCAGUUUUCUUUGAAGAGAUGCACACGUUGAGAGUCAUUGAUCUUCAUGGCCAAGCCAAAUCAACUGGUCAUUUUGUUGUAAUUAGUAUUGUUGUAUAUAAAGUAUGACGGCGUUUUUCUUGUAAUAAUAGAUAUAAUGUAGAGUGAUGGUGGAAAAUAAAGAGAUUAUCCUCAUUAUAUUCCUAAAACGAAAAUAUAUUAAAAGUGAUAUUAUCCUCUUUUAGAUA